AUGGGCGAUCUUGACUGUGCUGUCAAGGUUAGCGAUGAAGGGGUAGUGGCUAUACCUUUCGGUCACAGGGAUCGUGCUCGUACUUUGAAUAUUCUUGGAAACAGGCUUCUUGAACGAUCUUACGCAACCGGGGAAGGUUGGAAUUCUCCGAAUACGGAACCGUCCAGGCGCAUCAAACUAGCCCGGGAUGCAGCAAAAUUCGCUGGCCUCGCUUCUAGGGCGGCGGCCACUGCUCUAAGCGCAGGAAAGGAAGCCUAUUAUGCCUUGCAGCUCCUCGAACUCGGUCGUGGCAUCAUUGCUGGUCUGUUAAUGGAGGUCCGCAGAGAUAUUUCUAAUCUUGGGCAGCAGCAUCCUGAUCUGGCAAACGGUAACACCUCUUCCUGGGAAUCGCAAGCUAGCAGACGUCUUGAAGCGGACCAGGAAUUCGAGAAGCUCCUCAUCAAGAUUCGUGCUCAGCCUGGGUUCGAGAACUUUCUUCUCCCGCCGACUGUGGAUGAAUUGAUAGCGGGGGCAGACCUAGACCCUAUCGUAGUCGUUAACGUAAGUUUCUAUCGGUGCGAUGCGUUCCUCGUUGAGCGGUGUCAAAUUAGGGCUUUGGAAUUGCCCCAAUUGAGCCUGGAAGAAGUCGAGAAAAGAGCCAAGAACCUGGGAUCGGAUCUGACGACAACACUGGCUUGGCUCUGGCGUGUCGUUGCGUAUCCUUGCUUAGAGGCACUAGGGUUUACCCAACCUCCUUCUGGCGAUAACUGGCCUCGUAUAUGGUGGAUCCCUACAGGAGCACUCAGCCAUUUCCCACUUUAUGCGGCGGGACGUUACUUCGACAGCUCUAAGGAAACAGUGCUUGAUAGAGUCAUGUCGUCAUACAGCUCAUCAGUGAAGGCACUGAUAUACGGGCGCCGACAGCGUGUUCGAAUGCCAGCGCCCUCGGAAUCAGAGGAUGCUCUUCUAGUUUGCAUGCAAAAGACACCAGAUCAAUCGGAACUCAUUUUUGCCGCGCCCGAAGUGGCGAUACUAAAAGACCUCUGCCUAUUAUUGAAUCUAAGGCUGGUUAAGCUACCACAGCAACGCCGGGAAGACGUCUUAGCGCAUUUGCGCAUUUGCAAGAUAUUCCAUUUUGCCGGCCAUGGAGAGUCGGAUCCCUCGGAUCCUUCGAGAAGCCGCUUGCUCCUUGAAGACUGGAAGACUACACUAUUGACUGUGUCAGAUCUUCCCUAUCUCUCUGCUUGCUCGACCGGCGCAAACAAAGUAAAGGGACUUACUAAUAAAGCAAUCCAUCUUAUUAGCGCCUACCAGCUUGCCGGGUUUCGCUAUAUUGUUAGAAUGCUUUGGGAAGUAGAUAAUAAGUAUUCUGUUAAUACGGCUAGAGCGACUAAUAAGGCAAUAGUACUAGGGGUUUAUAAUACUACUAGGCUCCUACAAGAGAAAACUCAUAAAGGAUCUAGCCGGACUAGAGGUAUAGAGAAUUAUAUAAUUCCGGAAGAAGGUAUUCCCUUUAUAUAA